CAAGUUCCAACCAACAACCUCAAUAAAAGAGACAGAAAAGGAAAAAGAAAAAACAAAAACCGCAUAAACAAUUAAACACUGUUUCCUCCUCGUAACUCAUUUCAAUUUCAUUUCUUCACAUUCCAUCAUCUUCUUCCCUCGUCAAUCUCAGUCUCGCUUUAUCUCUCUACUACACUAAAUUGCACUCUCCUCCUUCCGAAUUUAUCGCCCUUUAUCUUGUUGCAUUUGCAUCUGCAUUUCAAUUUGCAUUUUGCGUUUCUCAUUUGCAUUUGCAACCGCUCAAUGUAACUAACUUCAACACUCACUAACCUGGUUUCCCGAAGCCAGAUCUGAACCCUCCCGCACCAGAUCCGAUCCUCUCUCUGUUCGGCAAAAUGGAGGAAGCGAUAGAGCUGGCGCGUGCGAAGGAUGCGAAGGAGAGGAUGGCCGGAGUCGAGCGCCUCCACGAGCUUCUAGAAGCUUCAAGAAGGAGCCUCACGUCUUCCGAGGUAGCUUCGCUUGUCAAUUGCUGCUUGGAUCUCUUGAAGGACGGUGCUGGUGGCGGAAGCGGUGGCAGCUUCAAGGUGUCGCAGGGUGCACUUCAGGCGCUUGCUUCCGCCGCCGUUCUCUCCGGCGAGCAGUUCAAGCUUCACCUUGAUGCGCUCGUCCCCGCGGUCGUCGACCGCCUUGGCGAUGCCAAACAACCCGUCCGCGACGCCGCGCGGAGGCUCCUGCUCACUCUCAUGGAGGUUUCUUCUCCUACAAUAAUUGUGGAAAGAGCAGGGGCCUUUGCUUGGACAUGCAAAAGCUGGAGAGUCAGAGAGGAGUUUUCACGAACUGUAACAUCUGCAAUUGGUUUAUUUUCAUCUACUGAACUUCCCCUUCAACGGACUAUUCUCCCUCCUAUUUUGCAUUUGCUGAAUGAUCCAAAUCCUGCUGUUAGAGAAGCAGCUAUCCUUUGUAUUGAAGAGAUGUAUGCUCAAGCUGGGUCUCAAUUCCGUGAUGAACUUCAACGCCACAAUCUUCCUUCAACCUUGAUGAAAGAUAUUAAUGCCCGGCUGGAGGGCAUUCAACCUAAAGUUCAUCCUUCGGAUGGUAUUUCUAGCGGUUAUAUGACUGGGGAGAUUAAGCCUUUGAGUGUUAAUCCCAAGAAAAGUAGCCCAAAGGCUAAAACUUCAUCAAGGGAGACCUCUCUUUUUGGAGGGGAAGGUGAUCUCACUGAGAAACCCAUAGAUCCUAUCAAUGUGUAUUCAGAGAAGGAGUUAAUUAGGGAAAUUGAGAAGAUUGCAUUGACCCUCGUUCCUGAGAAGGACUGGUCAAUUAGAAUUGCUGCCAUGCAGAGAAUUGAAGGUCUUGUUUUGGGAGGUGCUACUGAAUAUCAAAGUUUCUCUGGACUACUAAAGCAACUUGUUGGACCUUUAACCACCCAACUAUCGGAUAGAAGGUCUAGCAUUGUGAAGCAGGCUUGCCAUUUAUUAUGCUUUUUGUCAAAGGACCUCCUAGGAGAUUUCGAAUCAUGUGCUGAAAUGUUCAUACCAGUCCUUCUGAAGCUGGUUGUGAUUACUGUGCUUGUAAUUGCAGAAUCUGCAGAUAACUGUGUUAAAACGAUGCUGCGUAACUGUAAAGUUUCUCGUGUGCUUCCUCGUAUAGCUGAUUGUGCAAAAAAUGAUCGUAGUUCAGUUCUUCGUGCAAGGUGUUGUGAUUAUGCACUUUUGAUUCUAGAACAUUGGCCUGAUGCACCAGAAAUACAGCGAUCAGCUGAUUUGUAUGAAGAUAUGAUAAGGUGUUGUGUUUCAGAUGCCAUGAGUGAGGUGCGGUCUACUGCAAGGAUGUGCUACCGUAUGUUUGCAAAAACUUGGCCUGAGCGCUCCCGUCGUCUUUUUUCAUCAUUUGAUCCUGCUAUUCAAAGGCUAAUAAAUGAAGAGGAUGGAGGAAUGCAUAGGCGACAUGCAUCCCCUUCCAUUCGUGAUAGAACUGCACUGACGUCAUUAACUAGUCAGGCAUCUGCUUCCUCUAAUCUACCUGGUUAUGGAACCUCUGCUAUUGUUGCAAUGGACAGAAGUUCAAGUCUAUCAUCAGGGACAUCGGUUUCCUCUGGUGUUCUUUUUUCACAAGCCAAAUCACUUGGUAAAGGUACAGAACGUAGUUUGGAAAGUGUAUUGAAUGCAAGCAAACAGAAGGUCUCUGCUAUUGAAAGCAUGCUUAGAGGUUUGGAUUUGUCCGAUAAACGUAAUUCAUCUGCACUCCGGUCAUCAAGUUUGGAUCUAGGAGUUGACCCUCCAUCAUCUCGGGAUCCACCGUUCCCUGCUGCUGCCCCUGCAUCAAAUCGUCUGCUUAGCACUUCAACAAGGGAUUCAACUUCUUUUGGUGUCAAUAAAGGUAGCAACCGAAAUGGUGGUUUGGGUAUGUCUGACAUAAUGGCCCAAAUUCAGGCUUCCAAAGAUUCUGUCAAGUUAUCAUAUCACAGUAAUGUUGGCCCGGAGCCGCCUUCAGCAUUUUCAGCAUAUUCAAGUAAAAGAGCUUCUGAAAGAUUUCAAGAAAGAAGUUCUGUUGACGAAAUCAAUGAGAUCAGAGAGGCUAGGCGAUAUAUGAACCCCAACAUGGAUAGACAGUAUAUGGAUACACAAUACAGAGAAGGCACUGCUAGGGAUUCUCACAGUAGUUAUGUACCUCAUUUCCAGAGGCCAUUGUUGAGAAAGAAUGUUGCUGCACGUACAUCGUCAACUGGCAGGAGGAGGAGUUUUGACGAUAGUCAAUUAUCUCCUGCAGAGAUUUCAAACUUUUCAGAUGGACCAGCAUCUCUUCAUGAAGCUCUGAAUGAAGGGCUUAAUUCGGGUUCUGGCUGGUCUGCUAGGGUUUCUGCCUUUAAUUAUAUUCAUUCUUUGUUGCAGCAAGGUCAAAAAGGAAUUCAGGAAGUAAUCCAGAAUUUUGAGAAGGUAAUGAAGUUGUUUUUCCGGCACUUGGAUGAUCCUCACCAUAAAGUUGCACAGGCUGCUCUUUCCACACUUGCAGAAAUUAUUCUUGCAUGCCGAAAGCCCUUUGAGGGUUAUAUGGAACGGAUGUUACCUCAUGUGUUUUCUCGAUUAAUUGACCCUAAAGAUGUUGUUAAGCAAGCAGGUUCAACAACUCUUGGAGUUGUUGGUAAAACAUACAGUGUAGAUUCUCUAUUACCAGCAUUGCUGCGCUCACUGGAUGAACAACGGUCUCCAAAGGCAAAAUUGGCUGUUAUUGAAUUUGCAGUUAGUUCCUUUAACAAGCAUGCAAUGAAUCCAGAAGGUGCUGCUAACAUUGGCAUCCUAAAAUUAUGGCUUACAAAGUUAACACCAUUGGUUCAUGAUAAAAAUACAAAGCUUAAAGAGGCAGCUAUUACAUGCAUUAUAUCCGUGUACACUCACUUUGAUACAGCUGCUGUUCUGAAUUAUAUUCUUGGCUUGUCUGUCGAGGAACAGAACUCUUUGAGACGAGCUCUUAAACAACGCACCCCUCGUAUUGAAGUAGACUUAAUAAACUAUCUGCAGAACAAGAAAGAGCGACAACGAUCAAAGUCUUCCUAUGAUCCAUCUGAUGCUGCAGGAACAUCGUCUGAAGAUGGUUAUGUUGGUUUGUCUAGAAAAACUCAUUACCUUGGUAGGUAUGCAGCUGGUUCACUAGAUAGUGAUGUUGGCAGGAAGUGGAGUUCCCAAGAUUCAACCCUUGUUAAAACUAGUAUUGGUCAAGCAGCUUCUGAUGAAACCCAGGAACAACCAUAUCAGAAUUUUGAAACCGAUUCCAAUGGUGGCUUUCUUGGUUCCAAAACUAACAAUCUUCCAUACACGGUCAAUUCAAUAGGUCAAAACUUAGGUUUUCACUCUAGCCAAGUUGGACAAGUGGAUGGUAGCAUGAGUUUUGAGGGUCUGUCAUCACAUCUUGAUGGCAAUGAUGCUAUGUCAUUAGAACAUUCAAAUACUGCUGAAAGCAUUGGACAUGACAAAGAACAUUUGUCUGAGCUGAACCAUAAUCAUCACUCAAAUGAAGCUGUAAAGGUUAACUCCAUGACAGGACCAAGCAUUCCUCAAAUUCUUCAUAUGAUAUGCAGUGGGGAUGAUGGUAGUUCUGUUUCAAGUAAGCAGACUGCACUUCAACAGCUCGUUGAAGCAUCUAUAGUAAAUGAUCCUUCUGUUUGGACACAGUACUUCAAUCAGAUUCUGACAGUUGUGCUUGAGGUGCUGGAUGAUUCAGAUUCCUCAAUCAGAGAGCUUGCUCUUUCAAUGCUUGUUGAAAUGCUUAAAAACCAGAAAGAUGCCAUGGAAAGUUCAGUCGAAAUUGUUAUUGAAAAGCUGCUUAAUGUAACAAAGGAUAGAGUUCCUAAGGUCUCAAAUGAAGCAGAGCACUGCCUGACUAUUGUUUUAUCCCAGCAUGAUCCAUUCAGAUGUUUAAGUGUUAUUGUCCCCCUAUUGGUUACUGAGGAUGAGAAAACUCUUGUUACUUGCAUAAAUUGCUUGACAAAGCUUGUAGGCCAACUUUCUCAGGAGGAACUGAUGGCUCAGUUACCCUCAUUUUUGCCUUCUCUGUUUGAAGCUUUUGGAAACCAGAGUGCAGAUGUUCGUAAGACUGUUGUUUUCUGUCUAGUUGAUAUCUAUAUCAUGCUUGGCAAAGCAUUCUUGCCAUAUUUGGAAGGGCUCAACAGCACGCAGUUGAAGUUGGUCACCAUUUAUGCAAAUCGAAUCUCGCAGGCUAGAACAGGAAAAGCAAUUGAUGCCAUUCAUGAUUAGCUGGUUCGUCUGGAAGAAAAUUGUGGGGCUUGGAGUGUUUUCUUAUUCUUUGUGUUGUCUAUUCUGUAUAUCUGCAUUCGUGAAAAUUUUUUGGUGUGUUUUCAUUGUCUUUCCUUUCCUCAUCUUUGUCUGAUAUAAAUGUAUUUUUGGUCUUCCGUUUUCCCUGCCAUUGUUUGACUUGGAGAGUACUGGCGGGGGAAUACAAAGCGCAAACUGUAAUCAGCAUUGAAUUGAUUGAUUGUAUUAUAUGGCUUUGGAUAAUGGAUAUGAUCUCUUUUUCUUUG